AUGGUAUCGCUGAGGGCAUACGCACUACCAAAUGUUACUCUGAAAGUCAAUAGCAAAGUGGUGGAUGUUGAUAUGGAUACACCAUCGGUGACCUUGAGCGACGGAUCGACUCUUGUGUCUGACCUGAUCGUCGGAGCAGAUGGUGUGAAAUCGACAUGUAGAAGGCUGCUUUAUCAGAGACUUGGCCUCUCGGACAAGGCCAGACCCACUGGAGACGCUGCGUUCCGAGUAAUGAUACCUCUCGAAUUUGUCAAGACCCCGGUUGCGACACGAUGGCUCUCUGCCAUCCUGAUACCGUCGGCUCCGUGGAAUCGUGGGGCGACGUGUAUCAUCCAAUGCAUGUCUUCAAGACCACCCCACUUACCCGCAUUUACUGAUUUCAGAACACAGGCUACCAUACGUUGCGCAGGGUCCGCACAAGCAGUGGAAGAUGCAGCUGUCCUGAAUCUUGCCUUGAACAACGUCUCUGCUACUCGAAGCAUAUCAACAAUGCUCAAAGCAUAUAAACUCUCCCGAAAGAAACGUGCGGAAUCGACCUCGAAUAAUGCUUCUACUACUCGACUUGUCCUUCAUUAUCCAGAUGGUCCAGAGCAAAGGAAUCGGGACGAGAAGUUUCGGGCAGUAGCUCGAGGUGGUGAAAAUCCAGAUGUUCUGUAA